AUGGCCAAGGAAGAGCCUGCGGCCAAGGAAGCACCAAGUCUCUCAGAGGCAUCUGCUCGCAUUGAGGAACAGGUUGCGAACUUGGAAACCAAGAUCCAAAAGACCGACGAAGAGAUCAAAAGCCUUGUGGCCAAGGGGAGCAGCAAUCCAACCGCCAAAGCGAGAGCCUUGCAGGCGAUGAAGAAGAAGAAAAUGUAUGAACAGCAGAGAGACCAGCUCUUGGGCACUCAGUUUAAUGUGGAAAACUUGGCCUUCCAGCAAGAGCAAGCGGAAAUUACGGCCAUGACCGUGAAAGCCAUGGCGGAUGGACACAAGACUUUGCAGGACAAGAUCAAGGAAACCGACAUCGGUUCAGUGGACAAGUUGAUGGACGACAUGGCCGACUUGCAAGACGAGAUGAAGGCCAUGAACGAAGCCUUGGCUGCUGGAACAGAGGUGGAUGGCGCAACCGAAGAUGAGUUGGCCGCGGAGUUUGCCAAGUUGGAAGAGGAAGCCGCUGCCAUGACCUUGGCUGGCGGACUUCCAUCGGUGGAAAAGCCCGCCGCCGAGCCGGCUGCCUCCACCGCCGGCUACGCAGCGCCGGCGCACCCGGAGGCGGCGGUCCCCAGAGCAAGAGCUUUGUGUGCCAAAUAUCGCUUGAACAGGGAUAAAGAAUUGGGUGCUCGCAUCAGAUGUCGGGAUGCCAAAGUGAUGGGCGGAUUGAAUGGAUGGGCCAGUGUUUUGGGACGUGACGUGACAAGGGCCGCGGCCAAGUGGGGGCUCCAAGCUGCGGGGGCCCCUUUCUACAGCCUUAGCAACUUAGCACGGCUCAAGUGCCGGCGCGCCGAACUUCGGAUUCUUUGCGACGCCCAGUCCUUUCCGGCAGCGCCGCACGUAGCUUUCGACCGCCAGCGAGGAAUCUGCACUUUGCCAAACCAGGAGUCUUGGGCCGUCCCGCCCAGUGGCAUUCCUGGGUGCUGCGCUUGCGCCCUGGAGUUGUGGGCUAUGGGGCGGUUUAUCAUUUCAGGCACUUCCGCCAUGAAAGCCAUGGCCACUUGGGAAGGCGAACCGCCAACGAACCAUGCUGCCUGUCACUGGCAACGCUAUGACAGUGAGCGCCAUGCCUCUGCACAGUCUUCGGCCACUUCGCUGCCAUCAGACCUGGACCAUGGCCUGGCCACAGAAGCCAGGGAGACUGAUGCAGGUCGCGAAGUGCUAAAGCACUGGGCCAACAAGGCCGAAGGUUUGGUGCCCCACACCGAUGCCAAGGUGCGCUACUUCGGAACUGAGCGUCAAAAGCCUCGCGUGAAGAUCUUCCGAGACCAGGCGGCCUGGUGCCCCUACUGUCAGAAAGUGUGGCUCCUAUUGGAGGAGAAACAGGUGGAUUACGAGAUCGAAAAGGUGCCAAUGCGCUCCUACGGCGACAAACCUCAGGAGUUUCUGAAUCUGGUGCCGCGGGGAUUACUUCCUGCCAUGGAAUUGGACGGAAAGAUGAUGACAGAAAGCUUGGACAUCAUGCUGCUUCAGGACGUUUCAUUGGAAGUUCUAGCGGAGCGAGCAUUCCCCAAUCCAGACAAGCCCAUGCUGCUUGGGUGGUGGAUGGGAGAUUUGCUGGGCAUGGCGAUGUGGUUCCCCAUGUCCGGCGAGCUGCGCGACCGCGCCGCAGGACUACUGAACCUGGAGCGAGAGCUCUUUGGUGCCUGGUGUUCCUAUCUCUUCAGACCAGAGAUGCCGUUCAUCGGCGGCAGCGAGGCGGACUUCACGGAUGCCCUGCAACGCGUGGACAGCGAACUGGGUGCCAACACGGAGUCGGCCUUCUUCUUGCCCUAUCCGCAUCCAACGAUCGUGGACAUGCAGUACGUGUCCCACGUGGAGAGAGCGGUGGCCAGCGCCAUGUACUACAAGGGCUACGACAUUCGGAAGAAGUUUCCAAACAUCGACAAAUGGCUUUCAGCCUAUGAAGAAUUGCCUCAUUACAUGGCGAGCAAAAGCGACUACUACACGCACUGUAUGGAUAUUCCCCCUCAGUACGGUCCCUGCUUUUCCAACGACAGCGCCACCGCUGUGCGUGCUCGGGAGGCCAUCGACCCUAAGAACGUCUCGUUGCCAGUGCAGUGGAAGAACGAGCUGGAGCCGCCCACUGUGGCGCAAGCACAGCGCGACGAGCAGGACUAUUGCAUUGAGGCCGGCAUGAGACUCACUGAGAAUCAGGAGGCCAUUACGCGCUUUUGCUGCCGUGCUGCUGGAAAAGAUGUGGGCAAAUGGGCGCGUGGUAAUCCCACGAAGUGUCAGCUUAGCGAUCCUUACGCAAGGCCCAACUUGGACGUUGCGCCAGCCGUCAACGUGGCAUUGCGAGCAGUGGCAAGCUCCUUGUUGCAAGGCGACCCUUCCUUCACGCAGAAUGUGAAAGCCGCUGUGACUUCGGAGACGCAGCUGGCCAGUAGCGAUCUGGCAACGGUGGCGGAGUGCAUUGCCUACCUGCGUGAUCGCGUGGGCUCUCCACGUGAUCUCUCCAUGCCCGCAGCGAAGCUCCUGCGUGGCCACCUGGCAGAGGUGGUUCGCAAGCUCUCCAGCUGA